AUGGAGACAUCCGGCACAACUUUCCUACCCAUAUUUGGCCUUGGCUCAAUGGCACAGUCUGCGGGACUAGUAGAGAUUGCGGUCAGGCUGUGUUUGAACCAACGUAAACAAUUGUGUCCACAUGUUUGGGUGCCCAUCCUGAAACCUCUGCGACCUUGCAUCCGCUCUGCACUACCAAAACACGAGUCAUCUGUCAUCCUGAGCCAAGUCAGCUCAAGUUUCCUUGAGGAUUUGGAUUUUGAUGACGAUGACGUUGUGGCCCCAGUCAAGAACAAGCAUGUGGUUUUCGCUGACUCCAAGGGGCGCUCUCUGGCAGAUGUUCGAGUCUUUUCCGACGAAGAAGACCAUUCCGACCUGGAGCCCCUGCCGUCCCUCCAGGGUCUUGUCAGUACGACAGAAGCCGGUUACAGCUGCACGGUCAGCACCUGCUGCCCAGGAACACAGCUCACGCUUGGCUUUCCACAGCCCUCAGCUAAUUUCCAAGCCUUUCGUGCCAAGCUUGCUGAGAACAUGGUCAUCUUGGAGAACUGCACGGUCACUGAGCAAGCCCUCAGAGGCACCGUCCGAGUCCAAAACAUCAGCUUCCAAAAAGAUGUGUGUGUGCGUAUCACCUUUGACUCCUGGCAGAGUUACAGAGAUGAGCCUUGCACGCACCUGCAGCAACGCUUUGGAGGGCCACAAACCGACAUCUUUGAGUUUGACAUAGACAUUCCAAAAGUGCUUGAUGCAAAGAGGAAGAUUGAAUUCUGCUUAAGAUAUUCACCAGGUGGGCAGAGUAAUACUUUUUGGGACAACAACAAUGGGCAGAACUACGCAAUUGAUGUGUGUGUGAGCUCACAUCUUUGUCACAGAUAG